AUGCAAGAAGGCCUGGUGGAAGUGGAGCCCAAGGUUGCGCACGCUCUGCCUGAGGAGAACAUCAUGCCCUCAGAGGCUGGGCAAGCCAGGAAGAAAACCCCACUCAAUAGGAUCUUUAUAGCCAGGCUGGUCAAGUUUCUAAGUUUCAGAAAAAAGAACCAGGCUGGGGCCGUGCCCCACAGUACCAAGAAGGUACAAGAACCGAAGGAGCGUUUGGAGGGGCCUUGCGGCUUGGGCUGUGUAGUUAUUCCCUGCUCUCAGUGUUGUAACAACAUCCGUUGCUUCCUGGUUUUCUUCUGCAUCCUGGUCACCUCUCAAUGUAAGACUGAGAAAGAUAAUUUUAUGCUUCCUUUUUUUUCUUUUUAUAUUUUAGGUAUUGUGUUUGGCCUUGUAGAUAUGAGCAAUGACAUUUUCCUGAAGAACAGUAAUCUGAAAACUGCUGAGAAUUUAGUGUUGUCAUUGACUUAUGAUAUUUCAUCUUGCCUGGUAGUAGUGUUUAUAGCAUACUAUGGAGGAAAAGGAAGCAUACCAAGAUGGAUUACAGCUUCCUCUUUUUUAGUAGGAUUUGGAUCACUUUUAUUUGCUUUUCCAUACUUUAGUGGUGGAUUUAAUGAAGAAAAUGUUGAAUCUGAAGUUAUUUGCCAAGAAAGGAGGAUGGCCAAGGUUUGCAAGAAAUCUUCAUUAUCAUUCCAAUCAAAAUAUAUGACUUUCUUCAUCCUUGGGCAGUGUGUGCAGGGAAUAGCAGCUAUACCUCUUUAUGUCCUUGGAAUAACCUUUAUUUAUAAGAGCGUUGCCACACACUCAGCUGCUAUUUAUCUAGGCAUUGUGGAAGCUGCAGGAAUAUCUGGAUAUGCUUCAGGUUAUGCGAUAGGACCACCAAUAAUUAAGACCUCUGGGAACAGUAGUUUUGAGAAAAGCAUUGAAGACAGUAAGCAACACCAGCCGCGGAAUUGGGGGAUGAAUUUUGUUGUUAUCUCCGUUAUUGCAUGGUGUACAUUAAUACCAUUGUCAUGCUUUCCACGCAAUGUACGAGGUACAGCGAGGGUAAAAGCUGGGAAACAUAGACAGCCUUAUUUGCUGGACAGAGAUCAAUCCAAAGAUCAGGAAUUUGGACCUAACAUCAAGGACUUACUUGCUACUUUUUGGAUUCUGAUCAAGUCUCCAAUAUUUAUAUACCUAUCUCUGUGUAGAGCUUCAGAGUCUUUAGUUAUGAUUGGAGCAUCUGAAUUUUUGCCUCUAUAUAUAGAAAAUCAGUUUAUAUUAACACACAGUGAGGCAACGACAAUUGCAGGACUUGUUUUAAUUCCAGGAGGUGCACUUGGCCAGAUUCUGGGAGGUAUCAUUAUUUCCAAGUUACAAAUGACUUGUAAAAGCCUUAUGAGAUUUGUAAUGGUUACAUCUGCUAUAUCACUUGUACUACUUGCAUUUGUAAUUUUGGUACACUGUGAUACAAUACCGUUUGCUGGGAUCAAUGAAGAUUAUGGCGGAACAGGGCAGUUGGGAAACCUGACAGCUCCCUGCAAUUCUCGUUGUAAAUGUUCAUCUUCACUUUAUUCUGCUACAUGUGGAAGAAAUGAUAUUGGAUAUUUUUCUCCUUGUUUUGCAGGUUGUACACAUUCUAAAACAUUUAAGAAUCGCAAGACUUAUUACAAUUGUUCUUGCAUUAAAGAAGGAUUAACAACCUCAGAUAACGAAGGUGAUUUUAUCGAUGCUAGACAUGGGACAUGUGCUUCAAAGUGCUAUAAGUUACCUUUGUUCCUUGCUUUUGUCUUUUCUACGAUUCUCUUUUCUGCUUUUGCUAACGUACCAAGCAUCCUGACUAUCCUUCGGAUUGUAUCUGAUAAACAACGUUCUCUGGCCUUGGGUGUGACCUUUGUGAUUUUGAGAAUAUUUGGGACUAUACCUGGACCAAUAAUUUUUAAAAUAGUAGGAAAAGCUUCUUGUCUCUUUCGAGAUACUGAGCACUGUGGAAGCACUGAAAAUUGUUGGAUCUAUAACAAGACAAAAAUGGUCUACCUGUUGGUAGGAGUAUGUCUUAUUUGCAAAGCAGUUACUAUCAUCUUCACUGCUGCUGCAUUUGGCCUAUAUAAAUAUUUACCAAAGGAAAAUGGUGACAUCGUGCCUACAGUUGUGAAGCAUCUAAAAGUUAAAAAAAGGGAAAGAACUGAUUUAUAACUGGACCAUCAUUAUGUAAGAGUUACGUAUUGUCAGUCUAUCAAUAGGAUGUUAUUAAAUAUUAAAUAUAAAUAAAAUUUUACAUAAUUUUAGUAUAUCUACAUGUUUAAUGAGUGAAUGUGACAUAUGAUCUUAUAAGCCUUAUUAUAUUUACAGUACAAAUAUAAUAAUAUAGUCUCUGUGCUUUUUACUUUUAAAAUAUGACACACAUUUAAUACUUUUAAUAGAAAGGUAAUACUUUGAAAGAAAAGGAUGAAGUGAAAGUGGGAAAUACACAUAAGGUAAUUCUGACUAUAAUGAUAUCUUACAUAUUAUUGGGUUUUGGUUUUGUGGAAUUACUUAGGUUUCAUAUAGUUUAUUCUUAUUAAUUUUCACUUGGCUUGAGGAUGUUUAUUUGUCAAUAAUUUUUAAAAAUAAUAUUAGGUGUUCCAAUGUAGUUGAUAUAAUAAAAAUUUAUAUUAAGGUCACAUUUGUUCUCCAAAAGAAGGCAUUUUAAACCAUUUAAAAAUUAACAUUUAUCAAUUAUUUAAUAAUGGAGACUUUUCCUCAGAAAAUUUCUCUGAUCAGUUUGCCAGUUUGCAAUAGAUAUUUUCAUGCUCCUUUAAUUUUAGUAGACAUAAAAUUCAAGAUCAGUAUUUAUCAUAUACCUCUUUGAUUUUACCUUGACUUUAAUUUUAUUGAUAAAAACUGUUACCUAAAUUGAUAUACAUUUCUAUGUUUUUAUAUUUAAUUUUAUGAUUAAUCAUAAUUAUUAUAUUUAAGGAAAUGUUCAAAUUUGAAUGCAGAAAAUGUGUCAACCAUUUGUGGAAUUUUUCUUAAGCUUUAGUGUGUUCCUAUAGAAAAAUUUUAAUAUAGUCAUUUCAUACGUGAUUGUACAUCUAUCCAAAUUUUUUAGCAAGUUUCCAAAUAUUGAAAAAAAAAUCAGAUUGUUAUGUAACAAAAACUACAAUGUUUCUUUUGUUCUUUUGGUAGAAAGAACAAGUGAAAAAAAUUUCUCCUUUGUUAUUCACAUUAGUCAGUGUGUAAGGGCAGACAUUCACAGUCUUGACUGGCAGAAAAGAAAUGUGAAGCAGAGAAUACACAUAUCUUACUAUAUGUUUUUCUAGCCUAACUUCAACAUGCAUUUAUGAACAUCUAUAAACUAAUUUUUAUGUAAAACUUUAUUUGACUGACUCUUCCCUGUUUGAACCAGCAGGAAUGGCAGAAUAUCUUAGGAUCAAAGUGUGAAAACAGGAGAUUUUCCUUUAAAGAUUCUACAAGAUCUGUUGCUGUGCCCUAUAUUCAGAAAAGGAAAAUCACACCUGAUGUUUACCAAAGUAGUAGAUAUGUAUCUGUGGUGAUCUGUAUUUUCAUAAUAAAGUACAUUCUUACAAAGCAUUUCUCAUAUGUUUGUAAUGUAUGUGGGAUUAUAAACAUAAUGUAUGGCGUUCCCAUUGUGGCUCAGUAGGUUUAGAACCUGACAUAGUGUCCAUGAGGAUGCCAAG